AUGUUGUCGUUAAGGUAUUUUGUGUUGAAUGCUGAUGACGAUCGAGUAAUCGGAAAGAAAGGCUCACAAGGUUUCUUCAUGUACAAAACGGGGCAAGCAGUUAUCAUAUCGAUUUAUGAAGGAGGCGUUCAGCCGGAAGCAUGCAGCAAAACCACCGGAGCUCUAGCCGACUACUUCAAGAGCAUUAAUUAUUGA